GACACCGCCUCUCCUCCUUCCCUGGCGCUUGUUGGGAGCUCAAGCGGAGCAAGCUCAGGGUUCCUUCUGUAGCCAAUGAUUUUGCCACACGAGGCACCGGACUGGUCUUAGGAGUUGCUGCUUUUGCUCUCGGAUUUGACUGCGUGCCUCCCUCUUGGGUUUGGGCGCGGGCUCAGCUGUAUCUAAACUAGAGUUGCGGGUGUUCCGAAGAUCGUGCAAGGAUAGGAGUUAACUGGCUGGAGGAGGUGGAAAUUUGGGGAUCCAUUUUGGGGAGUCUUCCUGAUCAAAGUGGAUCUUAACUGGAGACUGGGCAGAUCCGCGGAUUCAUCCCUCUUGCGCUCCCCCAACCCCGGUGACUUUCACUUUGGAUUACUUUGGAAACUUUACUUAAAGGAGUGGAGUUGGGUUUCCACGCCCUUGCCUUUUUCAAGGAGCUGCUUGCCUCGCAUGAAUUUGUGCCCCCUUCUGGGUAUUGUGUAGCUCCGUGUGUCUCCAAGCCUUGGAAUUUCCAGGAGGGGCCUCUGUUGUGGAUUGUUUUUGUUUCUAUGGAGAAACGCAAUGAGCUGUCUUACUCCUCAUGACGGGGAAAUCCGCCUUCAGUUUUUUAUAUGCAUGGAAAGGAGUCCUCGAUACAUGUUUGCCAGGAAAUAAAACCAGCAAAAGAAAAGAAAUGAGUCGUCAGACGGCUACAGCACUUCCCACGGGUACCUCCAAGUGUACACCAUCCCAGAGGGUGCCUGCAUUGACUGGCACUACUGCUUCCAACAAUGACUUGGCCAGUCUGUUUGAGUGUCCUGUGUGUUUUGACUAUGUACUGCCACCUAUUCUGCAGUGCCAAAGUGGCCAUCUUGUUUGUAGCAACUGUCGUCCUAAGCUCACAUGCUGUCCAACCUGCCGAGGGCCACUGGGCUCCAUUCGUAACUUGGCUAUGGAAAAAGUUGCCAACUCUGUACUGUUUCCUUGUAAAUAUGCCUCCUCUGGCUGCGAGAUAACUUUGCCCCACACUGAAAAAGCAGAUCAUGAAGAGCUUUGCGAAUUUAGGCCUUACUCGUGUCCAUGCCCUGGUGCUUCUUGUAAGUGGCAAGGCUCUCUGGAUGCUGUCAUGCCCCAUCUCAUGCACCAGCAUAAGUCAAUAACAACACUACAGGGAGAAGAUAUAGUUUUCCUUGCUACAGACAUUAAUCUUCCUGGCGCUGUUGACUGGGUGAUGAUGCAGUCUUGUUUUGGUUUUCACUUCAUGUUAGUAUUGGAGAAACAGGAGAAAUAUGAUGGUCAUCAGCAGUUCUUUGCAAUUGUACAGCUGAUAGGAACACGGAAGCAAGCCGAAAAUUUUGCUUACCGCCUGGAACUAAAUGGUCACAGGCGGCGAUUGACUUGGGAAGCAACUCCUCGAUCGAUUCAUGAGGGGAUUGCAACUGCUAUUAUGAACAGUGACUGUCUAGUCUUCGACACCAGCAUUGCACAGCUUUUUGCAGAGAACGGCAAUUUAGGCAUUAAUGUGACGAUUUCGAUGUGUUGAGACUACAAUCUGACAUUUCCAGGCCAGUGUCUAAGGAACCCCCCCAACCCAUUGCAUUCAGUUUCAUAGAAAGUAAACAAGGUAAACAUCUUUGACUGCCAGAUGUGAACAAUUUAGUAGGGAGAGGCUAGCGUAUAUGAAGGUAAAUUAAUGGGAAGGUUGCUAAAGUGCAGGAAACCGUUGCAUGUAAUAACACUAAUAUAUUUAAAGUGAGUCAGCAGUAAACCACUGAAAAUAUACAUAUAUAUAUAUGUGUGUGUGUAUAUAUAUAUAUAUAAAAUAUACCCAAAAUGGGCAUCCUUUUGUAUUAAGCAUUGAUUCUACGAAAAGUGCUGUAAAAUAAUUCUAAACUUGUUUGUAGAUUAAUUGUACUUUUGGAAAGGAUACUGUUCUGUGUUUCAUUUGUGUUCUUUUCUUUUGACUGACAAGCCAUGCAAGGUGGUCAGAUAUCUGGCUGCUCCUUCUCCUUAUUCCUCCUCCUCGUCCUCCCCUCCUGUCGUAAGUCACUACAUAGUAUUGCUGCUGUUCUUGUGUAGAUUUUCUGUGUAUUUGCUAAUUUUUAUUAACUUCUAGUUUUUCAUUAAAUAAAUGAUUUUUCUUUUCUGUAA